AUGUGUACGAUUACCAAAGAUCCAUCUAUUAUUAUUAAAUGUUCGAAUCCAAUGGAUCAAAACGCUGCUGAAUCAAUUACUUGUAUGGCUGUCGAAUCUAAUGCAAAAGCUUGGCCUCUUCGUAUGGUCUGGUUCUAUCCAAACAAAUUGAAACAAACCAGGGAUGAAUUUAUGCCGUCGAAACAAUUACAGUUGACUUUAUCAAACACACUCAACUAUUUUACAAUUCUAGCUGGCCGUGGAACAGAAGAUGAAAAUGGUAACGUCACCGUUCAUUUGAAUAAUGAAGGUGUUCUUUACACUGACGCCCAAUGUCCAGAUCAAUCAUUGGAUUAUUUCAUUCAACGAACAGAUGAUGAAGAAUUCGACUAUGAACACAUCAAUUCAACGGAUUUGGAUGUUCUCAUACCGAAUGAUUUCACCGGACCGUUGAUGUCUAUACAAGUAACACGCCUUCAGUGCGAUUCUGUGGUCAUAUCUAUAGUAGUAUGCCAUUGUUUGAUGGAUGCACAAAGUUCAGCGCAUUUUAUCACAAGCUGGGCUGCUGGUGGAACGCCGAAAAACCUACCAAUGAUGGACAAGUCAUUUGUUCUCUUUUCAACAGAGGAGCAACAGCAGCGCGCACCGCUGACUCGUCCUGCCAAUUGCGUCUUUACUCGUGAUCUUAUUCCGUCACCAGAAACUGUGCUUGUUCGAGCUGGAUUUUCAGAACGUGUGAUCUCUCGUGUUUACCAUUUUUCGGCCGAUGAAUUGAAGAACAUCAAAGUAGCAGCGAUGAAAGAUCUUUCAUCAGCUGUUGAUUACAUCAGUACAUAUGAUGCGCUUUAUGCACACAUGGUAUUAGUGAUUGCUCAGGCAACACAAAAAUCAUUUGUAGGCAACGAUAAAAUCAAAAUUCUUCAGUCGUUAAAUGGACGAACACGUUUUGCCGUUUCGUAUUCACCAGAGACACUCUAUUAUUUUGGUUCGUUUGCGUUUUGGCUGUAUGACACAUGGACAGCAGAUGAACCACCAACGCUUCCGUCCUUGGCUAAAUGGAUUCAUGAAAUGCACGCAAAACAAACGGUCCAAUCAUUGAAAUAUUACAAUGCCUACUUAACUAGCGGUGAUGGUAAAAUUGGAAAAAACCAAGUCGAUGCUGACAUCAUCAAUCAUGAUUUUCAUUGCGCAUCAUGGCGAAAGGUGAACAUGUUAGGAGGCAAUUUUGGUGGUGGUGAUAAUUAUCCAAUCUAUAGUGGACCAACAAAACAAGUAUUUCCACAAUAUUUUGCUAUGAUGGAUUCACACAAACGGGAUGAAUCAGUGAACAUCGUGUUAGCAUUACGAGAAAGUGAUUACACAAGAUUACUCGAACAGAAAAUGAUACAUAAAUACCGUUGA